UACUCUUUCAUUUGAAAAUUUUCCAAGCACAAACAUCACAGAGAUGGCCAAACAGGCAGUCUUCUCCCUCUCAAUUCUACUUGUCUUUCUCUCCCAUGGCAUCACAACUUCAGCCCAGCCAGCCGCAGCUCCGGCCAAGCCCGCCGAUGCCCCUGCCCAACCCGCCAAUCCUCCAGUCCAAGCCGCCAAUCCUCCGGUCCAAGCCGCCAAGGCCCCAACCCAGCCCGCCCAGAUCCCUGUGCAGAAGGGUCCCACCGACGUUACCAAAAUCCUUAAAAAGGCAGGUGGGUACUCGGUCUUUAUCCGUCUCUUAAAGAGCACAGGGGUGGCUGGGCAACUAUUUGGGCAGCUCAACGAUUCAAACACUGGGUUUACCAUCUUCGCUCCUACCGAUUCUGCAUUCUCGAACCUUAAACCAGGUGCUUUAAACUCUCUGUCUGACUUACAAAAGACCCAACUAAUACAGUUUCAUAUCUUAAACACCGUUGUUACUCUCACAAACUUCCAAACCUUGAGCAAUCCAGUGCCAACAGAAGCUGGAGAUGUCGGCGAUGGCGAGUUUCCGCUAAACAUUACCACUGCAGGAAACCAAGUUAACAUCUCCACCGGCCUUGUGAACACAACAUUGGGCGGUGCAGUGUAUUCUGAUGACCAACUUGCUAUUUAUCAGGUGAACAAAGUGCUUCUUCCGAUAAACAUUUUUUCUCCUAAGCCUAAAGUAGCCCGGGCACCAUUGUCGUCGAAGCCUAAGACAAAUAAGGAUGAUGCGGAGAGUCCAUCUGGUUCUUCUAAAGUGGACGAGGCUGCAGCAAUGAGACUCAGCAAGCAUGGAAUGUUGGUGUCCAUUGGAGUUGCUGUGGUUGCAUUUUUUGUGAUGAAAGGAACUUGAUGGAUUAUAUGUACCGUCUUUAUUUCCUCUGGUGGGCUCCAAUUGUCUAGUGCUGCAAGAUUUACUGAGUUGGGUUCAAGAGUCGUGAUCAACACCAAGUUGCUUUCGAAAUAAUUGCCAUCUGUAUUUUCUUUUUCUUUUUCUUUUUUGCCAAGCUUGUCAAUGUCAAGGUCGAACUUCUGCCCUGAAAAAAAAGAGGUCGAAGUACGAGGGCAGAUUUUAUGUUUUUAUUACUUUUUCAUCUCUCCUGUUCUUUCUGGCUUUCUCAUAUAUAUCCAGAAUCUAUAUGCAAUUGUGAAUUUUUUA